GCAGUUUAAUUAAAUAAUCGAUCACGUGAGGUCAGCGUAGAUGACCAAAUACAUGUCAUCAUCAUAAUUGGUCAUCAUCGACCUCUGCGCACAAACGACGAUGAGCACACCGAGAUUUGGACUUUUGGUGUCGACAUGCAUGAGACAUGCCGCAGACAUUUAUAUGCGCUCCGGGAUGGUCUCAACGCCGAUAACAAGAUGGAAGUCUGGCUCCGCCCUGCACAAGACGCGGUCGUUCGCAUCCUCCUCAAUCGUGCAUGCAGCCCCCUCAACACCCACUUAUGUUCCAAAAUCCGCCGCCUUAAUAUCUUCUGUUCCAACUCCAGAUGAACUAAAAGCACAGGAGCUUGACUUAGACAUCAUACCCAAAGAGGAUAUCAAGCUUGAACUUACAAACCGAGCUGCCGAGCAACUGCAAUCUAUAGCUACGCGGGAACACUCUCCCAGUGCAGGCCUACGCAUUGCAGUGGAGUCAGGAGGAUGUCACGGUUACCAGUAUACAAUGGAGCUUGCUUCUGAACGAAAUGUGGAAGACUACCACUUCACACAUCCUGCCAUUAUUCCGUCAAAUAUCUAUAUCGAUGCAGUCUCCCUCGGACUUCUCAACGGCUCUACAAUAGAUUUCGCUACCGAGCUGAUAGGGAGCUCGUUUCGCAUCGCGGAGAACCCGCAGGCGAAGGGUGGAUGUGGCUGCGGGAUUAGCUGGGAGAUGAAAGAUUAAACUUUUAUGAGACAAAGCAUGAUUAAGUACUAGACCAGGCAUACGUAGCUGGACGUAUUUAUGAAACUCACGUCACUUAUAUAUCGUCAUGGUACCGCCGAUGUACUACUUAGUUUGCUUUACGCUGCAAGCCAGCACUCCCGGGACAAAUUCUACAAUAUCAGACAAAUUGAUCAAAGCUGACUAUUCCCACAA